AUGCCUGAAAACGAAUAUGGUUCCGGUGGGGGUGAUGAUGGAAGAGUGGAUCAUGGUGAUAGAUCUCAAAGACUGACAAAUGAUGAUUUUCGUAAAUUGUUGAUGACUCCCCGUUCUUCUGUUCCAUCAUCUCUACCGUCAGCUCCAGCUCGAGAUGUUACACCUUCUACUCAAGAUAAUGAUGGCGAAGAUAGAGCAGAGCGUAGAAGAAAGAAAAAAAGUUUUUAUGCCAAACUCAAAAAACAAGAAGAUGAUAAAAUGGCAGAAUUGGCCAAAAAAUAUCGUGACAGGGCAGGUGAAAGAAGAGAUGGUGCCAAUCCAGAUUAUCAGGCAGAAGAUCCUCUAUCCACAGCUAGUGGGUAUCGUGCUGUGGCUCCAGAUCUUAAAUCUGGAAUGGAUGCUGCAGAAAGACGAAGACAGAUGAUUCAAGAAUCAAAGUUCUUGGGUGGUGAUAUGGAGCAUACUCACUUGGUGAAAGGUUUAGAUUAUGCACUUCUUCAAAAAGUACGUAGUGAAAUCCAAGCAAAGGAGAAAGAAGAAAAAGAAGAGAUGGACAAAGUGAUGAAAACAAAGAAAGAGAAAAAAGAUGAAGAAGAAGAAAUGCAAUUUAAAACAAAACUUGGUCGCAGUAUUUAUCGAGUUUUGUUUAAAUUGAAGCCACCUGAAAAAAAUGAUCUUUUUUCUCCCGGGCGCAUGGCAUAUGUCAUUGAUUUGGAAGAUGAAUUUGCAGAAAGUGACAUACCAACAACGUUAAUUCGUAGUAGAGUGGAAGUACCUAGUUUGGAGGCUACUGCUACCCUUACAACAAAUGAUAUUGUCAUUAACAAAUUAGCACAGAUUCUUUCAUAUUUACGUCAAGGUGGCAGAAGUAAAAAAUCAAAGAAGAAGGACAAGGGACGUACUGAUGGCAAAGGUGGUAAAUUGCAAGAUGAAAGUAUUUAUGGAGACAUUGGAGAUUAUAUUCCAGCUAUGACCAAGCAAGAGAGUACUGAUAAAAGUAAAGAUAAACGUCAUGGGUCAUAUUUCGAAAAGCCUAGUGAUGAUACUUGGUCAAAUAAACAGGCUAAACCAGAAAUGCGUAAGGGAGAUUCUGACAAGGUAACUCUGAAGCGAGAUGUUGCAGCUUCAAAUCAGAGCAGAGCUCAGCAACUGCUUACACGUCUGGCAGCUGAACCAGAAGGUUAUGCUGAAUGCUAUCCAGGAUUAGAGGAAAUGCAGGAUGCUAUUGAUGAUUCUGAUGAUGAAGUAGAUUACACAAAGAUGGACCUAGGAAACAAGAAAGGUCCAAUUGGCAGAUGGGACUUCGAUACCCAAGAAGAAUACAGUGAUUAUAUGAACAGUAAGGAAGCACUUCCAAAGGCUGCUUUCCAAUAUGGUGUAAAGAUGGCAGAUGGCCGUCGAACCAGAAAGUAUCACAAAGAGAAGAAUGAGAAAGCUGAAUUAGAUAGGGAAUGGCAGAAGAUUCAAAAUAUUAUUCAAAAACGCAAAGUUCCAGGCACUUCUGGUGCUGAACAUGAGUUUAAGAAACCCAAAUAUUAG